AUGUACGUGUUCGAGUUUCAUGAUAUCUUUACUUUUUCUUCUUCUCAGCAUAACUCUCAUCCGAAGCUUUACCCGGGAGAUAUUCUUGAGUUUCCCGGAAACAGUUACUUUUCUCAUUUUGGAGUUUACUAUGGUGAACGGGACGGAGUUCCUUACGUGGCCCAUCUGACCAUCAGAGAUUCAGACACCAAACUCCUCCUCUUCGGCCGAGCUUUAAACGCCGGAGUAAAGCUUGACCCGCUUGAUGUAGUCGGGAAGAGAUACAAGGUAAGAAACUACUUGGAUGACAAGCAUCCACCCCGAGAUUUCUACUCUCUCAUCAAGCCGGAGAUCGAUGACAUCAUGGCGAAACCCAUCACCUUUGACAUCCUUUUCAACAACAGCGAACAUCAGGCCACAAUGUUUCGAUACGGGAUUAAAAAGUCAGAGCAGAUUGAAAAAGUCUAUUUCAAGAUAGUUCCCACCUGGAAAGAUUUAUUUGAGAAGAAAAAGCUUUAAGGGACUCGUGCUGCAUGAAGACAAGAGUUCAAGAUCAUACAAAAACAUACUUUCUUUCUUAAAUAAUUCUUAAAUGAAACAAAAUAUUGGAACCUACUGAUGUCAAAUAUGCAAAAUUAUUUGAAGUUGCAUACAGUCUGAACAAAUGGAAAAACCACAAUACUCUUUAUUGUAUUGAAUGUUUUGUUAUGUGAAUUGAAUCUUCUGGUUCAAGUCUCGCAUGUCUCCACAAGGAGGCGGCAGACAGU